GACGGCAGUGAUGGGCGGUGGCCUCGGAUAAAAUAUCGCGAGAGGAAACCCGGAAGAAGCUGAGGCGAUGAACCCGGAAGUCAAUUGGGUCAGAGCCCGGAAGUGCUGGAAACAGGGGAUCGACAGAGUAGAGUCAAGCCAGGAUGGACGAUACACUUUUCCAGUUAAAGUUUACAGCCAAGCAGUUGGAGAAGCUUGCCAAGAAAGCUGAAAAGGACUCUAAAACAGAGCAAGCCAAAGUGAAGAAGGCUCUCCAGCAAAAGAAUGUGGAGUGCGCCCGCGUCUACGCAGAGAAUGCCAUCCGGAAGAAGAACGAAGGCUUGAACUGGCUCCGCAUGGCUUCCCGGGUCGAUGCGGUGGCCUCCAAAGUCCAAACUGCCGUGACCAUGAAGGGGGUCACGAAGAACAUGGCCCAGGUGACAAAGGCCCUGGACAAAGCCUUGAACUCGAUGGACCUCCAGAAGGUCUCUGCCGUGAUGGACAAGUUUGAGCAGCAGGUCCAGAAUUUAGACGUGCACACUUCGGUCAUGGAGGAUUCCAUGAGCUCAGCCAUGACGUUGACCACCCCUCAAGAGCAAGUAGACAGCCUGAUUGUACAGAUUGCCGAAGAGAACGGCCUGGAGAUCAUGGACCAGUUGAACCAGCUGCCUGAGGGGGCCUCGGCCGUGGGCGAGAGCUCUACGCGUUCCCAGGAGGAUCAGCUAUCCCGAAGGUUGGCUGCCCUUCGGAAUUAGCCCCUCCUCUCCGUUGAUGGACUGUUGCUUCUGCCUUGUUCACCUAUGAUUUGUGGGGUUCCUGUUAGAGGCCCCUGGCUCCCUACCCCCCACCCCACCCCGAAGUCUCCUGUUCUGCGGCCAGCGGCAAGACGGGUUCUUU